CUCUCCUGACCAGUGAAGAUGGCGUCCUCGAUGCCGGAGGCCGAGGAUUCUGGGGCUGACAGUGAGCUGCUGGCCUGCUGUGCCCGGGAUGUGGCUCUGAAAUGGCUCCAAGCAACCGAUCUGCCCAAAGAAGUCUAUCAACACCUUGCCUACUAUGUCCCUCGAAUAUACUGCCGGCAGGCAGACCCAGUUACAGACCACGAAGAAAUGCUAGCACAGCAUGUCCUCCUGGGGCCAUUGGAGUGGUACGUGUGUGGAGAAGACCCCACCAUCGGAUUUCAGAAGUUGGAACAAGCCAAUAAACCCUCCCAGCUAUGUGGCCGUGUUUUUAAAGUGGGUGAACCAACUUACUCCUGCAGAGACUGCGCAGUUGACCCAACGUGCGUUCUGUGCAUGGAGUGUUUUCUGGGAAGCAUUCACAAGGAACAUCGCUAUAGGAUGACCACAUCCGGAGGUGGAGGCUUCUGUGACUGCGGAGAUGCUGAAGCUUGGAAGGAAGGUCCAUACUGCCAGAAGCAUGGAAUGCACAUCUCUGAAAAAGAGUCAGAGGAUCCACUUAUUCACUUAUCAGAAGAUAUGGUGGCACGAGCUUACAAUAUUUUUGCAAUAAUGUUUCAAUAUACAGUGGAUAUACUCACAUGGGAGAAGGAAAAUGAGCUGCCUCCAGGACUGGAGUGUGUAGACAAGGACGACACCUAUUACUGCAUGUUGUUUAACGAUGAAGUUCAUACCUACGAGCAAGUGAUCUAUACUCUGCAGAAGGCAGUCAACUGCAGCCAGAAAGAAGCCAUUAGUUUUGCAACCACUGUUGACCGAGAUGGACGGAGAUCUGUGCUCUAUGGAAGUUUUCAGAGUUGUGACCAAGCCAAGUCGGUCAUAGUGAGGAACACCAGCCGGCAGACUAAGCCUCUUAAAGUACAGGUCAUGUACUCCGGCAUUGUAGCGCACCAGACAUUUGGACUCCGAAUCCUCAGCUGGCUCGGACAGAUCAUUGGCUACUCGGAUGGGCUAAGGAGAAUCUUGUGUCAGGUUGGUUUACAAGAAGGUCCAGAUGGUGAAAACUCCUCUCUCGUAGACAAAUUAAUGCUGUGUGAUUCCAUAUUAUGGAAAGGUGCCAGAAACUGCUACCACCAGCUCUUCAUGAGCAGCUUGCUGAUGGAUUUAAAAUACAAGAAACUUUUUGCCAUCCGAUUUGCUACAAAUUACCAGCAGUUGCAGAAAGAUUUUAUGGAGGAUGAUCACGAGCGAGCCGUGUCGGUGGCUGCUCUGUCUGUCCAACUCUUCACUGUCCCUACCCUGGCUCGGAUGUUGGUGACUGAAGAGAACUUAAUGACCAUCAUAAUAAAGACAUUUAUGGAUCAUUUGAGACAUCGAGAUGUCCAAGGCAGGUUUCAGUUCGAACGAUACACAGCACUGCAAGCUUUCAAAUUUAGAAGAGUUCAGAGCCUAAUUUUGGACCUUAAAUAUCUGCUUAUUAGCAAACCUCCAGAGUGGUCAUCUGCUCUACGCGCCAAGUUUCUGGAAGGGUUCUAUGUCUUUUUAGAACUGAUGAAGUGCAUGCAGGGGAUGGACCCCAUAACCCGCCAGGUAGGCCAGCAUAUUGAGAUGGAGCCAGAGUGGGAGGCGGCUUUCACCUUACAGAUGAAGCUAACGCAUAUCAUUUCCAUGAUGCAAGAUUGGUGUUCUACUGAUGAGCAUGUUCUGAUUGAAGCCUACAAGAAGUGCCUGGAGGUACUGACACAUUGUCAUGGCGGAUUCACAGAUGGGGAACAGCCUAUAACUCUCAACAUGGCGGGCCACUCAGUGGAUACCAUACGGUACUGUGUGUCUCAGGAGAAAGUAAGCAUCCACCUCCCAGUCUCACGACUUCUAGCAGGGCUGCAUGCAUUGCUCAGUAAAAGUGAAGUGGCAUACAAGUGUCCUGAGCUUCUACCCUUUAGUGAACUGAGCCCACCAAUGCUGAUUGAGCACCCACUGCGCUGCUUAGUACUAUGUGCUCAGGUGCAUGCUGGAAUGUGGAGAAGAAAUGGAUUCUCUUUAGUAAACCAGAUUUACUACUAUCAUAAUGUGAAAUGCAGAAGAGAGAUGUUCGACAAAGACAUUGUGAUGUUACAAGCCGGAGCUUCCAUGAUGGAUCCCAACCAUUUUCUGAUGAUUGUGCUCAGCCGGUUUGAACUCUACCAGAUACUCAGCAACCCUGAUUAUGUGAAAAGGUUCAGAAAAGACAACUCAAACAAGGACAUAGUGCAGCAGAAUAACACCCUCAUCGAGGAAAUGUUGCAUCUCAUCAUUAUGAUUGUUGGUGAACGAUUUUGCCCUGGAGUAGGGCAGGUGUCGGCCACUGAUGAGAUAAAGCGGGAAAUCAUCCACCAGCUCAGCAUUAGACCUAUGGCCCACAGUGAAAUGGUCAAAGCCUUGCCAGAGGAUGAGAACAAAGAAACAGGAAUGGAGCAAGUGAUUGAAACAAUCGCGUCUUUUAAAAAGCCAGGCUUAACAGGAAGAGGCCUGUAUGAGCUGAAGCCCGAGUGUGCCAAGGAUUUUAACCUGUUCUAUUACCAUUACUCCAGAGCUGAGCAGUCUAAGGCUGAAGAGGCCCAGCGUAAACUGAAGAGACUGAAUGAAGAAGAUACAGCUUUGCCUCCUCCCGUGCUGCCUCCAUUUUGUCCUCUUUUUGCCAGCCUCAUUAAUAUUCUCCAAUCUGAUGUCAUGCUCUCUAUGAUUGGAACUAUUCUUCAGUGGGCUGUAGAACCCAAUGGAUAUUCUUGGUCUGAGGCUAUGCUACAGAGGGUUCUGCAUUUGAUCGGAAUGGCGUUACAGGAAGAGAACCAGCAAUUACAGAACGUCAGUGAGGACAACGUUGUCACCUUCACUUUCUCCGAGAAGAUCUCCAGACCUGGUGAAGGUUCCAACACGUCCCCCAGCAUACUGGCUUUAUUGGAGACGCUACAGAACGCUGCUCAUCUGGAGGUCCACAAGGACAUGAUCCGCUGGAUACUGAAGAUGUUCAGCACUAUUAAGAAGAUUCGGGAGAGCUCAUCUGCCACCCCUGUGUUGGAGACCGAGGGAAGCGGAUUAGAAGAGAGCACGCGUGAUAAAGACAAGGCCGAGCGGAAGAGGAAGGCAGAGAUUGCCCGACUCCGGAAGGAGAAGAUCAUGGCACAGAUGUCUGAAAUGCAGAGACAUUUUAUUGAUGAGAACAGGGAACUCUUCCAGCAGUCCUUAGAUGAACUUGGCGUAUCUGCAUCCACAUCCCAUGAUCACAGCGGCCCUGCAUUGUUGGACGCCAAGCUUAUUGCUCUGGGCCCUCAUCAGACCCGCUUUACAGAACAAAGCCAGCUGGUGACCUGCAUUCUGUGCCAGGAGGAGCAGGCGUUCAGUGUGGAUAACAAAGCUAUGGUUCUUGCUGCCUUCAUUCAGAGAUCCACAAUCUUCUCCAAGAACAGGGCAAAGAUUAUUCAAGAUCCAGAAAACUACGAUCCACUGAUCAUGCAUCCGGACUUGGCAUGUGGAACACACACAGGAAGCUGUGGGCACAUCAUGCACGCACACUGCUGGCAGAGGUAUUUUGAUGCUGUACAGAUGAAGGAGCAACGCAGACAGCAAAGGUUGCGAGUCCACACAAGCUACGAUGUGGAAAAUGGAGAGUUCCUAUGUCCGCUUUGUGAGUGUUUAAGCAACACAGUUAUCCCGAUGCUUCCACCACCCAGAAGCUUGUACCACAGAUUAGAUUUCUCGGAUCAGCCAGACUUGGCAGAAUGGAUUUCUGUUACCAGCCACCAGAUAAGAGUCCUAAAUGAACUGGAAGCAGAGAAGAUGAGCACAGGUGAGUGUGGUGCAAAAUAUGAGUCAGAAACUCCCAGGCAAGUGAAUAUUCCCGAAGGGUUCCGGCCUUCCUUCCAACCGAAGAACCCGUACUCCGAUAGCAUUAAAGAGAUGCUGACAACAUUUGGGACAGCAACAUACAAGGUUGGACUGAAUGUCCAUCCCAACGAGCAGGACCAACGAGUCUCAAUAUUGUGCUGGGGCAGCUGUGCAUACACCAUACAGACCAUUGAGCGUAUAUUGACAGAUGAAGAGAGACCUUUAUUUGGAAACUUGCCAUGUCGACAGGAUGACUGUCUGAAGUCACUGACCAGGUUUGCUGCAGCACACUGGACGGUGUGUCCUUUGACAGUCGUACAAAAACACUUCUCACGGCUUUUUCAUUCAAUUGUGCCUCUAGAAGAUAGGCAGGAGUCACAGAGUAUACUGGACAUCGACAUGUUCCAUUUAAUGGUCAGCUUGGUGCUAUCUUUCCCAGCUGUACAGUGCCAGGACUUUUCUGGGAACAGUUUGGGCACUGGAGAUCUCCAUCACUUCCACCUUGUAACCAUGGCACAUAUUGUUCAGAUAGUGCUGACUUCAUGCUCAGAUGAAGAUGGGAUGGAUCAGGAAUGUUCAGAUGGAGAAGAGGAACACGCUGUGAUGUCUCUGUAUAGAACAAUCUGCCAGUGCACUGGAAGCACACCAAGGUGGUCAUCAGGAUGGCACCUCUACAGAGCAAUAAAAGUGGCCGUUCUUCCCUUCUUGAGGUGCUCUGCUGUCUUCUUCCAUUACUUGAAUGGUGUUCCACCGCCUGCAGACUUGCCAGUGAGUGGUCUGAGCCAGAUUGAACAUCUGUGUAGUUACCUGUCACUACCCACCAACCUGAUGAGCAUCUUUCAGGAGAAUCCCCAGGUGACAGAGGCCCUGAUCAGCAGUUGGUGCAAGCAGAAGGAUGUGAGAAGAUUUGUGGCUGGUGAACGGACGGCGAUCAGCUUUCCACGAGAGUCUAAUAAAUUGAUAGCCCUCCCUGAAGACUACAGCAGUCUCAUCAAUCAAGCAUCCAAUUUCUCGUGUCCUAAGUCUGGCGGGGAUAAGAGCAGAGCCCCCACUCUAUGCCUAGUGUGUGGUGCCAUGCUCUGCUCCCAGAGUUACUGCUGUCAGACUGAGCUGGAAGGGGAUGAUGUGGGGGCCUGCACUGCACACACUUAUACCUGUGGAUCCGGAAUGGGAAUUUUCCUCAGAGUUAGAGAAUGUCAGGUCCUCUUUUUGGCUGGGAAAACAAAGGGCUGCUUCUAUGCCCCUCCGUAUCUGGACGACUAUGGAGAGACAGACCAGGGACUCCGACGGGGGAACCCCCUUCACCUCUGCAAGGAACGUUUCAAGAAGAUCCAGAAACUCUGGCAGCAGCACAGCAUUACAGAGGAAAUUGGACACGCACAGGAAGCCAAUCAGACGCUAGCGGGCAUCGAAUGGCAGCAUUUAUAAUGCAGGCUCCUUUUUGUUUUUGACCUUUUUUAUUUUUUAGCAGUCUCAUUUUCUAUAAGAACAUUAACGUGACUGAUAUGUCAUUACUGUAUAAACAGUCCAGACCUUUUAAUUUAUAUUUCAUUGUUAAGUCCAAGGAAUAAAGCAGAGUUUCCCCUCCCCC